UGCUGUUUAACUCUUUACACUCAUCUUUCUUUAUGUUUAAAUAAAUGAAUUGAAGAUAGUCGCCAAGAAGGGGAUUCCUUUGGUAGCACUUUGCUUUCGAUCUGAGAUUUUGCGAAGACAAAACAAAUCCCAAAUCUUCAAUUUCCGACAUAAAGUUCACGCUAGGAGGCAGAGGUUAUUGAUAAACCUGAAAGCAUUUGAAUUCUUGUGAAGGAAAGAUGCAAAAUCAAGAGGGAGUGGUAGCUGCUGGGGAAAAGGAGUCUGCUGUGUCUAUUCCCAUUUCUGAAACGGAGUCCGCUGUGUCCAUUCCCAUUUCUGAAGGUGAUGACUGGGCAAAUUUCGCAGAUGAUGAUAUCAUGCAGCAACAAUCUACCAUUCAUGAUGAGGAAGCCAAGAAAGUUCCAUUUGUUGGUGACAAGGAACCACUCUCUAUGUUGGCAGCUGAAUAUGAAUCAGGAAGCCCUAUAUUGCUAGAAAAAAUAAAGGUACUUGAGCAACAAUAUGCUGCCAUUAGAAGAACACGAGGAGAUGGAAACUGCUUUUUCCGGAGUUUUAUGUUUUCAUACCUUGAGCAUAUUUUGGAAUCGCAAGACCGUGCUGAGGUUGAUUGUAUCAAAUGCAAUGUUGAAGAAUGUAGAAAAACACUUCAGAGCUUAGGUUAUGCAGAGUUAACAUUUGAGGACUUUUUUGCGUUAUUCCUUGAGCAGCUGGAUUGCGUUCUUCAAGGAAAUGAAGAUUCCAUUAGUCAGGAUGAGUUAAUACAAAGGAGUCGAGAUCAGUCAAUUUCUGACUAUGUUGUAAUGUUUUUCAGAUUUGUUACCUCUGGUGAAAUACAAAAGCGAUCAGAGUUCUUCGAACCCUUUAUUUUGGGAUUAACAAAUGCUACAGUAGAACAGUUCUGCAAAUCUUCCGUAGAGCCAAUGGGUGAAGAGAGUGAUCAUGUGCACAUUACUGCCCUUUCAGAUUCUUUGGGUGUGCCAAUUCGUGUUGUGUACCUUGAUCGUAGCUCUUGUGACGUCGGUGGUGUCAGUGUAAACCAUCAUGAUUUUCUUCCUACUUCGGGUGAUAAGUCAAAUGCUACAAGUGGUAGCUCCAUUCCUAUGAAGCCUUCUAUUACCUUGCUAUAUCGUCCUGGCCAUUAUGACAUUCUCUAUCCAAAAUGAUGCAUUUGCGUUUUCUGGUUGUUGACAAUGGUCCUUGGGGGAGAAUUUACCUUGCAGGGUGUUAAUCGGUUGUUAUGACUAAACUGUUUGUGCUUCUUUAACUGUGAGAUGUGAACAAAAGGUUUCCUCAAGACUUGGGACUUGUAUCUUGCUAUUGAUAAUAGCUAGCCUCUCCCAUAAUCUAUGUGAAAUUGCAUUGGUCCAAAUAUAAAUUGCUCAUUGUGAAAA